AUGAAGGGCUGUCUCAAACGUUCUCAAUCUUCCCCAGCGUCGCCCCACACUCAAAGUCCGCUGUCACCACGAAAGGCGGUCACCUUCGAGAGCGACGAUUCGCUAGAGCAAGUCUUCUGGGCCGACGAGUGGGAUAGAACUCCCACAGAACCAUCCAGAAAGCUGUCGUACCAGGACUUGCUUGAACUCAAGGAAAUACAACUCUCCUUGCCUAGAGCAAAUCAACCUGCAGAUGCAGUCACCGGCCGUUUGGGCUCCCACUAUCUGAAGAAUGUGCCCAUUGGCCUAUUGCCAUUGUUGCCGGACUCGUCCUCAACAGCACCACCGAGCCCCCGGUCGCCCGCCACGAGACCUACGACUUCGCCAAUGUCGCCCAGCUGGGCGUCGUUCACCCCCAACAGCCGACAAUGUCCAUUGCCAACCUCUCCACCCUUGGGCGGCGUCGACGCUCUCCUGAAGUCACCGCAUCAUCCUCGACACCUUUCGCACCUCCCUCCGGCACCGACCCAGGCCCCCAAGCCAAAACCACGCUUUGCUUUCCUUCCUCUCUUGGAUUCGAGCUCGCCAGAUCCGCGGUCUCGCUCGCCCUCGCCCGAUCUUGCCUCUGACACGGACCCCCCUACGCCAUCUCUCUCAAACGCCUCGCUUGAGAGCAGCCCCCUCUCGCGUGCAUCCUCAUGCUCGCCCGAACCACCGUUUUUCCAACUUCCACCGCCACGGAAAAGACCCGGUUUCCACGACCCUUAUGCUCCGGUGUAUGGGGACGACCAGUCAGACACAGAAACGGGCUACCCUGCAAUCUCCUCCACCCUCGCCAACAUGCGUCUAGGGGCAUCCAACCCGCCUUACGGCCAUCCGUCGAAACCGCAGCAACCUUUCGGACGACCUCCGCUCACCCGCUUCGUCCCACCGCCUCCACCCGCCCCUGCACCUAAACCAACUACUUCCAGAAAGCGGAACGUCAUCUACGUGAAUGGAAUGGAGAUGGAAUUGGACGAUUCAGAUGACGAUGAACCAUCCACGCCCCCCGCUGUCAUCGCACCAACCCCACGUAGUCCUCCCAGAACGUCACCAGUGUCGAUUUGCAGACCAACCCCUUCCUCUCCCACCCUGAAAUGGCAGUCUUCGACGAGUACUGCCUCUCCAACGGAAUCGUCGCCAUUCUCCGGUCUACACGCACCUGUGCGUUUCAAGCGCCAAGCUCCCUCGACAAAGGGAGACUCUUCUAGCUCGAUCUCGACGAGUCCACCAUCGCGCCGCGGAUCGAUUUCAUGCUCGCCACGAGUGAAGCCUCCUCAUGUUGUAGGAAGCCCUAGAUCGCCUGUGCUCAUGCCUAGAGCCUGAAGCGUGAACACAGCUGGUCUGUCGUCGCUCUAUUCUCUUCCUUUCUCUCUUCCGUUUUGACUGUCCCAUUGCCACGAUGAUGUGUUUGCUACCCACUGAUUUGACAUACCUUUUCC